AUGGAACCGGCGCCGCAGCCCCUGACGGGGCGGGCCGCGAAGGUGGUGCUGCGCCUGGACGACGGGUCGCUCCUGGGGGAAGCCAAGUGCCUUCUGGGCGCAGAGGGGGAGAAGGACGCGGGAAAGGCGGUUCUGGUGCCGCCGGAGAAGGCUGUUGCUCUUGGGAAGACCAAUGAGCAGCAGCUCCAGGCCAUGAUCAAGCGGCUCGCGAUGGCGGAACGCCUCGAGGAGUACCGCAGAGAGAACAUCCUCGACGCGGUCAUCCCCGUGCGCGAGCUGCCCCCGCAAGCCACGGCGGUGCCUGGCACGGACCCCGCAGCCGCGACGCCCAGCGCCAACAUCCCCGGGGACUGGAAGGAGCAGUGCCGGCAGAUCCGGCAGCAGGUCUUCGACUCCCUCGCGAUGAUCCCCGGCAUCGGCGACCACCGCAGCACGUUCGGGGUGCCGGUCGACCCCAAGAUCGUGCCCAAGUACUACGACAAGAUCAAGGAGCCCAUGGACCUGGGCACCAUGCUCGAAAAACUCAACAACAACAAGUACCCGGGUCCCGAGGAGUUUCUUGAAGACAUGAAGCGUGUGUGGAACAACGCGAAGCGGUUCAACGACCAGAAGAGCAUGUUCUACAAGGCGGCGGUUCACGGGCAGAAGACGUUUGAGAGUCUGUGGGCGCGCUCGGGGCUGGCCACGGCGGUGCGGCCCGCGCGGCGCCGCGCGGCGCCGUCGGUGAUCAUCGCGGACGACACGCCCGCGUCGCGCCCGCGGUCGGCGCGCGCGGCCGGGAAGCGGCGGCGCGACAACGACGAGGACUACUCCGGGGGCACUGGCGGACACACCCCCUCCGGGCGGGCGCCGCGGUCGGCGGGGCGGAACGCGGGCGCGCCGGAGAUGGACCAGGCCACGAUCGCGAAGCUGUGGGAGAAGGUGGGCGCGUAUCUUAGCAGCGACGACCCCAACACCGUCGCGCCGCUGGCCCAGAUCCUCACCGACGCCGGGUGCGUCAAGCUCGACGACCAGGGCGAGCAGGAGGUGGACCCGGCGCUCGCGUCGAACGAGACGCUCUGGCAGCUGUACAACGCGGUCGGUGGCGGCUGA